AGUCUGCUGCUGGAGGAGCAAACCUGGCAACUUGGCAGACUCGGACGGAGCCCGAUCGGCAAUCUGGCAAUGCGGAAAUAGAUCUGGCACCCCCGGACUGAGGAGAGAAGGCGUGACAGAGCGAGCUGGAGGAGUAGAGAGAGCGGGGAUUGCGCUGACAAAGAUCAAAUAACACACACUUUCUACCCACGUUGCUUUUCUCGAUUUUUAAUUAAAGUUCUCAGGUGCGCUCAUCUGCACCGGCUGGCGCUUUUUCCUCCAGCUUUUGUGGUUUAUUUUUCUUCACUCUGAAAAAAAAAACAGAAGAAGAGAAAAGAAGAAGUGCGUUUUUAUUCGCCUGUAUCACGGACUUCUUUACUUUGCCUUGUUUUUUUCCCCUCCCUUCCUCAUCAAGCAUGGAUGUGUUGGCGAAUUACAGUAUUUUCCAGGAACUCCAACUCGUCCAUGACACUGGUUAUUUCUCGGCGAUGCCUUCCCUGGAGGAGAACUGGCAGCAGACAUGUCUAGAGUUGGAGAGGUAUCUGCAGACAGAGCCAAAGCGACUCUCAGAGCUCUUUGAUGAAGAGUUAGACUGUCUCUUAACACCAGCCUUCAUGCAAGGCGGGGACAGUGAUGAAGACCUGAUGGACCCACUCCUGCCCAGCCUCCCUGAUCAGCCAAGCCCACCACCACUGCUCGUAGCCCUCCCUAAGGUUCAGGCUAAAAUCAUUCAGGUGCCCAGUCCAAACAAGGGUCAAGUGGUAGUUGGGACUGACACAAAGGACCAGGUCCUUGGAGGAGUCAGUGCCGCUCAGCUCAGUGCCGCCGUCACAUCCCUAACGCCGCCGUCGUCGCCGGAGCUUGGCCGGCACCUCAUCAAACCCACACAGACGCUAACCGCAACAGCAGACGGCACAUUGACACUUAAACUGGUAGCGAAGAAGGUGGGACUAGGGGCAACCAAGGUGGUGGCAGCACGCGCUUUGCCAUCCCCCCCAAGCCGAGGAGGAGCCCUAAGCGACAGUGAGCAGGGAGGAGGUGGAAGUCUGGGAGGAGAUAUUCCUGAGAACAAGAAGAGAGUCCACAGGUGCCAAUUUAAUGGCUGCAGGAAGGUUUACACCAAGAGCUCCCAUCUGAAGGCACAUCAAAGGACCCACACAGGUGAGAAGCCCUAUAAGUGCUCAUGGGAGGGCUGUGAAUGGCGCUUUGCCCGCAGUGAUGAGCUGACGCGACACUACCGCAAACACACCGGCGCGAAACCGUUCAAGUGCAACCACUGCGACAGGUGUUUCUCUCGAUCGGACCACCUGGCCCUGCACAUGAAGAGGCACAUCUGAGGCAGACAGGAGGGGACGAGGAAGACAAUUGGUGAAGGAGGCGUGACAAGAGAGAGGGAUGGGCAGAGAAGCUACCAACCAUUAAACCAACAAAAACAAGCGGUUGCUUCAAGAAGCCGCCGGAGAAGAGGGGAAAGGAGGAGACGAGGAGUAGCUAGAUUGUUGUUUUUCUUUAAUAUUACACAUUCACAUUUUCGCAGUAGUACACAUACUUCGCACAUCCGUCUUCUAGUGCAUCAUCCCGGUGAAACCCUCGCUGCUCGGGGGACUUGGACACUGCCAAACCAUGCUUAAAUUGCUUGACGAAACACUCCGCCGCCUUAUUUUCUUUCCGUGUAUUCAGCCGUUUACAUUAUUGAGUCAUUUUGGUGAGGAAAUAGUCCAGUUGGGGAAACUCUUAAAUAUUCACUUAGUCCGUGCUUUCAAAUACUCAGCUUUUUUUCUUGCUGUUUUUCUACAUGGAACAUAAGGAAAUAUCAUCUGCCGCACUCAGCUCCUGUAAUCUAUGUGAAGAAAACAACAACAACGCGACGUCUGUGGGAGAGGCACCAUGCGGAUCGAGACUGACAAUCGAAGCCCCACCCCCACCCCCGAAACCCCACUCCCCCGAUGGGGCUCGGAUCGCUGUGCGUUUCAGGGCACCCGUGGGAAAUCGGUCAGCAGAUGCUGCUGCAGCUCUCAGGCUCUCCUCCAGAGGGAGUUUGCAUCUCUCACCUUCAUCGAGACGCCUGCCGCCUCCGCAGGCCAUCCAACAGAAAUGCGCAGCGACACUUUCUUCCCUUUUUUUCUACUUUGAGGAACAGUAAUCCUUCUCGUUGUUAUAUACAAAAAAAAAAGAAUGACACUUUUGUGCGUUUCUCUCUUUGAGAAAACUUCUUAGUGUUCACUGAAAUGUUUAGACGAAAGACUGAAAAUCCAAGAGGACUUCAACAGAAUGUGUGGGAAGGGAAGGAGAGCGUUGCUGGUCUCUUUAUCCCCCAUGUGCACUGACUCUGCAGACUGUGAGCAACCGAUGGAUGGGGGACGGGAAAAAAAAAAAACUGAAUCAGCUCAGAGUAAAUGAUUUGUGUUUUAUUUGGACUGAAAUAAAAGCAAAAAGCAGAGAGGUCUUAACUUUUCUCUGCUGCUCUUUCUGCCCUGCAACCCAACGCAGCUAAAAAAAAAAAAAAA